CUAAGGGAGUAGGGGGGCCUGUUAUUGUUAUCUCUAUUUCACGGAUAAGGAAGUGUUUGGCCAUUCCAAAGCUGGGUAGAUCCCAGACUAGCAGGUCUUCUGACUCUGAAGAAUGGCAUUAAAACAUUUAUUUAGGUCAUUUAGUGAGUGUCUACUUGGUGCAAAGCCCAGUGCUGGAACUGGAGGGAAAUAUGUAUCUUAUCUCCUGGAAGUAAACUUUCGUCUAUACCCAUUUCAUCCAGGGCCAUCUCCAGUCAUCUUGAUCUAUAUCUUGCCAUUGGACCCAGAUGACUUUGGUAGGGAAAGUGAGGCAGGUGACUUUGCACAGUCCUUCCUCAUUUAAAUCCAGUUCACUUGCAUGUCAUGGCAUUUAUCUCCCAGAUGUCUUGGUCCUCUUCCAGAAUGAAGGACAAACAAUAACGUCAGUAAAUAAAGCUGGCCUGGAAUUAGUCAUUUGGAAGACUUCCUUCCUCCCUCUUUCUCUCAUUCCCCUCCCUCUCUUUCUUCCACAUAGGAUAUCAUAUCCUUAUCUGCUCUUAAAAGCAUCGUUUUUUUCCCCCUUUAUUGCACCUCUACACCCUCCCAAGAUAUCUUGGGGUUUACUGGUUAGAUUUCUUUUUUAAGGAGCAGGCCUUAAAGCAAAACCAGUCUAAUUCUCAUUGGCCACCAAUAAGUCAUAGUUCAAGCCCCAUUUGGUCCAGAUUGUUUAGGUCCUGAUUGACUCACAUUGAAUGUAAAUAGCAAUCAUUUCUGCUUCACCAGAAGCCCUGAUGCUCUUUCCUUCCCAGAUUCAUUAUUUAUUUAGAUUUUUUUUGAACUAGGUGAAAGAGGAGAUUCUUUGCUCAAUUGCUACCUCACCUUAGUCACUGAACUGGCGUGGCCUGAGUCAAACUGAGAUCUUUUGAAGACCUUAACUUAAAAAGGCCAAAGUCUCCUAUUUCAUUCAGGGCCAUCUUCAGUCAUCUUGAUCUCUAUCUUGUCCCUGAAUCUGAUGGCUCUGGAGGGGAAAGUGAAGUAAGUGACCUUGCACAGCCCUCCCUCACUGAAAUUCAAUUCACUGGCAUGUUAUAACAUCACCUCCUUGAAGUCUUGGAAUUCUUCAAGAACAAAGGAUAAGAGGCAGCUGGGUGGCUCAGUGGAUGGAGCACCAGCCCUGAAGUCAGGAGGAGCUGAGUUCAAAUUCAAAUCUGGUCUCAGACACUUCACACUUCCUGGCUGUGAGACCCUGAGCAAGUCACUUAACCCUAACUGUCUCAGCAAAAAAAUAAAAAAAAAAAAGAAAAGAAAGCACAAAGGAUAAACAACGACAAGGAACUCUGGGAUAGCCCUAACUGUAUGAUUCUGAGUUGAUCAUUUACAUCUUUGCUUCAGUUUGCUCUUCUGUAAAGUGAAUAGCACCUAUCUUCCAGGGAAUAAAAUGAUAUAAGGUGACUUGCAAACCUUAAAGGCUUCCUUCUCUUUACAAUGAUUACAACUCUUUCCUCGGUUAUACUGCACUUGGAACAGUAGAAUCUUGUUUUACAGCUGAGGAUACUGAGGUUCGGGGAGAGGAUAGUGGGUAGAGAAUCGGGAUUGGAAGGCUCUCUUGGCUGGUGCCCAUAUCAGACCCCUUCCCACCACCCAUCCCCACUUCAGGUCUGGUUUCCUGGUUCCAAUUUCAGUCCCGAUUUCAUCUUUGUAAGGGUAGCUGAGGGAGUAGGAAACCAAACUGUCUGCUCCUCCAAAUCUCCUUUCCUGGUCAGGAAUAGGCAAGAGGGCUGGAGGAUUUUAUCCCGAGUCCACCUGCCCCUUUCCCUCUCUCCCCUCUUCGGGUUCAUUCAUACAUAGGCACCUCCUCCCCCAGUUGUCUCGGGCUCACAUUUCCCCCACCUGUCCCUAGUCCUCCCUAUAAACCAGAAGGGACCCUCAGCAGUCUCACAGCAGUGAAGCGCAUUCGCCUCGCCCUCCUUCCCCCAAUCUGGCCUCCUCCUCCUCUUCCUCCUCCUCCUCCUCUUCCUCCUCCUUCUCCUUCUCUUCUUCCUCCUCCUCCUCCUUCUCCUUCCUACCUUCUCCCCUCUCCCCCUCCCCCCAGCCCUCCUAGGCUAGGAGUGUCCCCAGGCCGCGCCCUGUCCGGGUGGCGGGACUGGGAGGGGAGUGGGGGCUCCGGACAGGGGCUGGCCACUCGAUCCUCCUCCAGGGUUGCAGCUGCGCCUUCCGACCCUCGGAGCCGGGCCAUGCUGGGGAGGCGGCGGGUCUUCACCCUCCAGCCUCUGGGCCGCCAGGAUGGUGGUUGUCAGGAGCUUCUGGGUGGCUGUGUGGUGCUUGGUGUUAAGAGCAUCUAUCUUCGUGUUCAUGACAUGCCCAGGGCACCCUCCGCUGAUCCCCAGGAUGGAGAUCACUCCAGGAGAGACUCCAGAGAACAGGCUUCAAGGGAUUCUGGGGUGGAAAUGGGGGGGGAGGAGAGUCCCCCCAUCAGCUCCCCUGACUUUGCCCUGGACUCUUCAAGCUUGGAGCUGGGUGGGGGGCCCACGUUGGCCCCUGUCACCGUGGAAUCCCUUCCGGACCUAGACCGGUUCCUGGCCAGUCAAAAACUAGAGCAGGUGGUGGCGAGGUCCUGCCGGCCUCGAUCUUCCUCUACUCUAGUUCCCAAGCGCUGGCAGCGGAGCGAGCAGAGACCUGAAGUGUCCCCAGAAGUAACUGGAGUUCAGGGUGGUACCGAGGCAGCGGUUGGCUCCCCGUCUGGCCCAGCAGAAUCUCAGGCGGUGGGCUCUGAAUCUGAUGCCUGGGCUUGCCUCCCGGGGCAGGGGUUGAGAUACCUGGAGCACCUGUGCUUGAUGCUGGAGCGAAUGGCUACGCUCCAACAGCUUCAUCUGCAGCUCCAGGAGCAGUGCCAGCAGAUGCCAAGUGGCAUGGAAGAGACGAAUGAAAGCUCAGUCCUUGCUCCUUUUCAUCCUCGAUCCUUUUCUAUGUUGGGGUCUCAAGAAUUUCAGAGUCUUAUGGAGAAGACAGUGGAAGAGUCAGCUCUGCCUCGAUGGUCAGAGGUGCACAGUGUGAGUGCACCAAGUUUGUUAGAGGGACCAGAGGGGACUGCCCACACAGUCCCAUCCUACCAAGGGCACAGGAAUGCCCUCUCCCAUUGGGACAAAGUCAAAACUUUACUCAACAGGAUGAGAUGGAGGAGCCCUCGUGCUUCUGAAUCAUCCCUUGCUCAAGACCCCUCAGUCCCCAGGAGAGAUUCAAAGGAACUGCCAGAAGGUCCCCUGCACUACCUGCCACGGAAGACCUUUUUGCCAAGUUUGGUGUCAAAGAAACACAGAGCCAAGAACUUCUCAGUUUGUUGAACCGUCCUCCAAGCCAGAAUCUUUCCUUCUCUCUCCAAGGCGUAUCAUGGGGGGGCAGCAGCCUUUACCUGGCUUUACCCUGUUCCUUGCCGUGAUCAGUAGCUUGGAGUGGGCUUCAUGCUACGAGAGUUGGAUCUCUGGACUAUGGAGCUUUUGGACACCCCAGGGAACCACAUUUCCUUCCAUCAGUCCUCUUCUUUGAGUUGCUGCAGUGGAAAAAUUUCAUUGCUUUGUGACCGAGGUGUUGGUCUUGGACCUUGGACAAGAGACACACAGUCCUUGAAGCCUGACUAGCUUGGUAAGACUGAGCAGAUCUCGGGCUCUACUUGCAGUCUUCAAGAAUCCAGGUCAGGACGCAGGGCCGGAGGAGGACUUCGGUGGACGCCGUGUCCCCUGCCACAGCACUUGCUCCCCUAGCUCUCGCCCUCUUGUCCGAAAUCCCUAGGCUUGUCCCGUGCAGACUCACUCAUUUGCUGAGCCUCGGUGUGAGGCCCGCGUGGUGCUGUGACCCCCUAGGCUUGGGGCUUCCUUUUGCAGAUGUAUGUUUAUAUGUAAUUACACGGAGUCCUGUUUAUAUAUACA